GCCCCCUCUUAUUCCUCUCAAACAUCAUCACUCACUCACUCAUACACCAAAUCAAACUAAAGAGUAUUAGCACCUCAAUCAUUCCAAAUGGCUUCCAAGGUUGCUAUGCUCCUUUGCCUCAACAUCCUAUUUUUCACUGUGGUAAGCUCAACAUAUGUUCCAUGUCCCCCACCACCUCACAAAGAUCACAGCCACAAACACCCAACUUGUCCUAGAGACACAAUUAAGUUUGGUGUGUGUGCUGAUGUAUUGGGUUUGAUUAAUGUUGAACUUGGUAAGCCACCAAAGACACCAUGCUGCUCUCUCAUUGAUGAUCUUGCUAAUCUUGAAGCUGCUGUGUGCCUUUGCACUGCUCUUAAGGCUAAUGUCUUAGGCAUUAACCUUAAUCUUCCCAUUAAUUUGAGCUUGGUUCUUAACUAUUGUGGAAAGGGAGUUCCAAAGGGUUUCGUGUGCGCUUAAUAUGAUUGUGUCACACUAUAUUUUUUAUUCUUCAUGUGGUGUGUGGAUUUUGUACUUUUUGGUAUAUUCUCUCUAGCACUUGUUAUUUAUUUUUGCCAAUGAACAUUUCGUUCAUACUUGAUUAUCAUCAUUAUUAUUGUGAUGGUUUGAAAUUGAAGCAUCUUUGUCUUCUUUUUCAUAGCCUCACUAUAGUGACAAGUAAUUUGUAUUCCAUCUAAGUGAAAUUUCUUGUAUUAAUAAAAAUUCUAUAUGUUUAAGCGAAAAUUCUAUGGUGUGUUGAUUCUCGAGAUUGUUCUAAGUAGAAAUGUAUUAUGGUUUGAAAUGUAAGUGUGUUUCUCUCUUCCAAAAACAA